UGCCAGGGGCAACGACGAGGCCUGCGGCCUUGAGUGUGAAAGGCGCCAAAUGUUUGGGCGAGGAAGGAGGGCGGCGGCGGGUUAGCCGCGAGUCUCGUUCUCAGCUAGAAAUUUGUCACCUUUUUAGGGACAAAAGAAAAUGCCUUUAGUCAACGGACUGGUUCCCGCACGGUUCCUGACUCUCACGGCCCAUCUGGUCAUCGUCAUCACCAUCUUCUGGUCCAGGGACAGCAACGUCCGGGCUUCCCUGCCUCUCCAAUGCACUCAGGAGGAGUAUGAAAACCGGGACACAGAGUUGGUGGUGGCCCUGUCGGUAACCCUUGGACUCUUUGCGGUGGAGUUGGCCGGCUUCCUUUCUGGAGUGUCCAUGUUCAACAACGCACAAAGCCUUCUCUCUCUGGCUGCCCACUGCAGUGCUUCCAUCUGCCUCUCCUUUUUCGUCUUUGAGCGCUGGGAGACGGUCACUUACUGGUACAUCAUGAGCUUCUGCAGUGCUUUGCCGGCCGCUGUUGAGGUCUUUCUCCUCAUCUCCGUCUUUGGCUUGAAGAAGAAGCCCCUGUGAGUUCUGAGCUCAAGAGGUGAAGGGCCCUCCCUUGCCUUGAAAAAAAACUCCUUUGGAUCCAGACUAUGGGAGGGAAGUUCCAGAUUAACUCCGUUGGGAUGAAGCAGGUUGCAAUGCUUUUUAACAGAUAAUUAGAAGAGGCUGGCUGCAUUCGGAGAGAUGGAUGAUGGGCCUUCGUGAGAGACCAGCCUCUGGCCUUCCCGGGUUGCACUCGUGCUCCUCUGUGGCUUUUGUCUCCCUUCCACCAACGGUCACCUAAAGCGUUCGCGAGGUGAGGCUGAACUGCGGAUCAUGGACUCCCUCCAGCGGAGGCUCUUUGGCAUUGCGCCCCAUCGGAUUCGAAUGGUGCAUUGAACCUGUGCAUUUAAAAAUCUACAGUCGUGUGCUCGCCUUGCCCAAAUCAGCCCCUCUGGAAGUUGUGGCCUGCAGGCCUUUCUGCACAAAGACAGGAAUGUUUUCUGGAAGAAGAAUCGCUUUUUUAUAGGUGUGUCUAUUUUAUUCUGGGCAGGUGAUGGUUGUUUGGAAAUAAACUCACUUUUAGAAAAACAUUAAUAAAAUGGCAUCCAGGUGCAAAGAGGUUCUAUAGAACUAUGUAUCUUAUAAACUUCAGGAUAGCAUGCCUGAAGCUCUUUAGAGUUUGGGAAAGUUCCCGUUUUGGACGACUGCUCCCAGAACUUCCCCAGCCAGUGUGUGCGGGGAUCACUCUAUAAAGGAAAUAGAACCUCUCACUCCUGGGAGCUAAAGUUGGCAAAGAAAUGAUAUACUUUAAAAGUGCUUUUUGAAAGAGCUUUGGACUUGGGAGUGCAAGAGGGAACUCCUGAGAAGCAGCAAUGUGCCACUAAACCAGUCAAGCUCCUUCUCAAUACCUUGUCCUCUAGAACAAUGGUUCUUAACCUUUGUUACUCAGAUGUUUUUGG